CCUUCGCGCUGCACCCUUCCGAGAUAUUGACAGCUCAGUAGUACCCAGCACUCCCUCGUUGCCUUUUAGGUGGGCAUUCGUAAACCCAUGCUGAGUCAGGUUAAAGCGCUCCGAAGAAUCGGUCGGAACAAUUCGGAUACCUGAGGCGGCUCGGACAAGUCCGUCAUUGGAGAUACCGUCGAAGGCUAUCAGAAUAAGAGUAAACGGCUUCAAAUAAACUAACAAAGGAGGUUUACCCCUAUAUUUCAUGGCCGCUGGGGAUGGUGCCCAGCUGCCGGCAACAAUAGCGGCUAGCCGGAGCGUGGAGAAGGCGCUCGAGGAGGCUUCAGCUAGCGGGGCUCUGAAUCUGUCCAACCGUAAACUGAAAGAGUUCCCCCGCACCGCCAGGAACUACGACUUAUCGGACGUUACGCAUGCAGACUUGUCCAAGAACUGCCUGUGCGAGCUGCCCGAGGAGCUGUGCCACUUCAUCUCCCUGGAGACGCUCAGCCUCUACCACAAUGGCAUGCGCUCGCUCUCCUCCGGCCUGGGGAACCUCCAGGCCCUCACCUACCUCAACCUCAGUCGCAACCUCUUGUCCACCUUGCCCCCGGCGGUGUUCCAGCUCCCCCUGCUACGCGUGCUCAUCGUCAGCAACAACAAGCUGUCGUCUCUGCCCGCCUCCAUACACACCCUCACGCACCUGCGACAACUGGACGCCAGCUGCAACGACCUGCAGGCCCUACCUGCAGAGCUGGGCCAGUUGGACAGCCUGAGGGACCUGAGCCUGAGGAGGAACCAGCUCACCUCUCUGCCUGAAGAGAUCUCCGAGCUGCCGCUGGUGCGCCUGGACCUGUCGUGCAACCGCAUCUCCCACGUGCCCGUGUGCUACCGCCACCUGCGCCACCUGCAGAGCUUCCUGCUGGACAGCAACCCGCUGCAGCUGCCGCCCGCCCAGGUCUGCUCCAAGGGCAAGUACCACAUCUUCAAGUACCUCAACAUGGAGGCCUGCCGGAGGAACCAGGAGGAGCUGGAGCGCCACAUGAGGCCCACCGGAUUCACCAGCUGCCUCUCGGAUCACGAGCUGUUCUCGGGUCAGUUCGGAGGCCUGGAUUCCGGCUUCAACAGUGUGGACAGCGGCAGUAAAAGAUGGUCCGGGAACGAGUCGGCGGACGACUUCUCCGAGCGGUCCCUCCGGGUGGCCGAGGUCGGCCGGGACCAGAAGAACCUGGCUGAGGAAGAGGAGGAGGAAGAGGCGGAGGCGCCGUCACGACCGGGGGCCCCGGCGGGUCGACUCCUCGCCCCCCUCCCCCCGGUGAACGGCGAGGCGGAGCAGGUGGACUUCAUCGACAGCAGCGUGACGGCGGAGGAAGAGGAGGACGAGGACAACCUCCCCACCCCUACUCUCGUGUCCGUAUCUCUGAUGGAAAAGAAGGAGGCGCUGUCUGCAUCCCAAACCCAGGACUCUGCUGCAUCAUGCAGGUCCAAUCUCCGGGUGGAGUUGGGCCCCGCCUCCUCAGGCCCCUCCUCCCCGUCCAGCCCCACCCUGGAGGAGAAGAGGCGGCCCAACACGCUGCUCAUCUGGCAGGAGAGGGAGCGCCAGCAGAGGGAGCGGGAGCGGUCCCGGGACGGCAUCUUGCUGAAGUCCUCGGCCAAAACAGGAAAUCAUGUGGCUUCAACACUUCAGACAGGAAACGGCACAGGUGGUGUGCAAGAGAACAGCCAUCCGCCAGGCCUCAGACAACGGUGUGCAAGUGCUGAACAGAUGUCUGCCAUACACCCCGCCACUCCCAUCCAGCGCUCUGCCAGUAGAACAGACAUGCCGUCCUCCCCCAAAACCUCCCCCCCGGGUGGGCUCACCCAGAAGCCCAACAGCUUCCUCUUCCGCGCCACCUCCCGCGGGAACGUCAAGCCCAACGGGUCCUUCCAGAACCUGGGGGAGUCCGGCCGGAGUGACUCCCGCACCACCCUGCGAGGACCGAGGGAAGAGAGGCCCGACGUCUCCAAGCUACGCAAGACACUGGAGUCCCGUCUGAAGGUCACCCUCCCUGAGGACCUGGGAGAGGCCUUGUCCAACGGCACCGUCCUCUGCCAGCUGGCCAAUCAGAUCCGCCCACGCUCCGUGGCCAUCAUCCACGUCCCGUCCCCCGCCGUGCCGAAGCUGAGCUCGGCCAAAUGCAGACUCAACGUGGAGAACUUCAUCACCGCCUGCCGCAAGCUGGGCGUCCCUGAGACGGAGGUGUGUGUGUGCUCCGACGUGUUUCUGUGCAAGCUGCCCGCCGUGCUGCGCAGCGUGGCCGCCAUGUUGGCCGCCGCCGCCCGGCAGGAGGGGGGGGGUCUGGAGGAGGAAGAGGGAGAGGGCGAGAGACCGGAGCCAGCGGACGGCGCCGCCGCCCUCCCCUCCUCCUCCCCCUCCGGCUGCUCCUCGCCGCCGCCCUCACUGCUCUCCCCAGGCUUCCUGCUCUUCUACUGUCUGCUCAUGGUCGCGCUCUACGCCCUCUACCGCCUCCUGGUGUAGAGGAGGCCCCGCGCAGAGACAGGGCUUAUGGACCUUAAUGUUAGGAACCACACGCACGCACGCACACACUGUUGUCAUCUUUUAUUACAUGUGCCCGUGUGUCUGGCUGAACGUCAUAGCCACAAAAAAUUAAUUGUCCGUCCGGCGCCUGGAAUGAACUGUAGGGCUGGAGCACGUCACACGCACACGCGCACACACACACACACACAGGGCUGUCACGCUGGGAAGGGAACGAUUGGUGGGUGAUUGUAUCUGGCCUGCACAUCCUCCACCACCACCCCCCCCCCCCCCCAGAAUCGAUAGAGCCAUAGAGAGAGGAAUGCGCUAUACAUGCGCAGUGGCACAUUUAAUCAAGGAUUUCACAUCGCAUAUGAGAAACAGUACGCUACAGUUGAAAGCUUUGACGAGACGGACACGUUAUUGUGUUUCCCAGCCCUGCCUUAGGCAAGCAUAGACAGACGCUACGUCUUACCGCACAGCAUGUCUUUAUUGCCGGACCGCUUGCGAAGAGAGGCUGAGAGUUAGCUGCUUGACGCAGAAGAAAAUGUGAAUGCGAGUUGUUUUUGAAGCCUCGAGAGAAGAAGGAAGUUGUAUAUGGGAUGUUUCUUUUUGUAUCCACAUACAGAGGUUAUGAGCACUCAGGUGGUUUCUUAUGUUUGACGCUACUCUAGGUAGAGGGACGAUUGUAUAGUGCCUCCUAUCCAAAGCGGACUAACCCACUGGCAGUUCAAUUUCUAGCUGCAAUUUGCGUUGUGACCAGCAGGGGGCGAUGUAGUUACGCCCCAAAGCUUAACAUGGCAAAUCCAAACUUACGGUACGUUUGUUCUUUGCUUGUGUGUCAGUUGUCAAUUCGACCUUUUUUUUUUUGUUGCUAGAAGUCUGUAUAAAUGUAAACAAAUUAAAUUAUUUUAUUUUUAUUUAUUUUUUACUGCUGCUUGGGGAAAAAGCAGAAGCCUUUGAGGCAGAUGUAUCUCUGUCAUGCCCCUUAACGUCUCCUUAAAACAUAAACAUUACACGUAGGUCAAAUGCAUGGGUAUUUAAUCAAUAAAAGUAGAAGAGAGAAUGUUUCAAUAGUUCAAUAAUUCUUUCAUAGUUCAUCAAAGGGCUUCUGCUUUUUGUUUUUAACAUUUUAUUUUGAAAAUGCUCUUAUAAGUGCUGUGAUGUUUGUGCAACAAUACAAACAUUUAUGUAUCUUGAAAAGGUAACAAUGCAUCAAAUCAAAUUCCUCAUAAUUUCAAAGAUGAAAUGUAUCCCAAGGUACACUUAAGGCCUUAGUAUUCAUACAUGAAAAUCAAACCACUCAAACUAAAUAUUCGUUUUUUUCCUUAAUGGGACAAACAUACAUUCUAUUUGGUUAAAUAAUAACCAAACACUUAACACCAGUCUUCUGGGUUGACCCUAACCCUAGAAGCACUGGCUAGUGCAGUUGCACCUUCUGAUUGGCUAAUAUUGUUCCAGCCGUGUUGUUCCACCUGCCAUUCAUGUGUGGCUGGCUUUCUGUUCCUGAGGUUUUAAUGCGAAAUAUUUGUAUCCACUUUUUAUACCUAUAUUGUGCAAAGGGAUCCAUAAAAUCUCUCGUCCCCCAUAAUGUGUACAGUAUAACCACUUCCUCCACCGUAAAUGGCCUGCUGUUAUAAGAUGGAACUUAUGUUUUAAAAUGGUUUUAUAAGUAUGAGACUGGAUGAACACCAUUACUCACCCACUGGCUUAGAGCAAACUAUAUUCGUAAUGACUAUGAUGGCAGAACAGAAAUACUGUUGUAUUUUAUAAUAUUUAUACAAUGGUCAUGUAAUUACUGAGAGUCGAGUUUAUACAAAUCUAUAUGUUUUUUUUCUCCCCCUUCUGUUGUAAAUAAUUAAAAACGUUGAACAUAAGAAGCUUC